AUGAGUCUCCAGAGACCUGCUACGCGCUUGUGUCAUCUGCGACAAAGCUACGUGGAAAUUUCAAGAUACGUUCGCUCCCAUAUUCAAUGCGACAGUCCUAGGUGUAGGGUUCUCUCAACUCGGACUUCACUCAGCAUACGACAUGCAAGCACAAACAUUCCAAAAGACACGGUAGCAUUGAAUGCCGAGCCUUCGGACAGAAGUCGACAAUACGGGGAUCGAAGCACGCUUACGCAAAGAAAGAUCCUGUCAGAUAAACAGUAUGGCUGCUUGGAGCGUUUUGAACGAAGCAGCCUUCUUCCUGGAAUUUCGACAACCUGGGACAGCCUACUGAAAUACAAACCUAGCACCAUAUCCUCCACGAACGACUCGAAGAGCAACGUCGAUACAGACCGGGUCGUAGUCCCUGGCUACAUUACAUCGCAACGGUCCGCAAAGCAGUGCGAGUUCUUCCAGCUUGUUGAUCCAAGUUUGAAGCUUGCAAUACAAAUCGUUCUCCCACGACCGAACAUAAAUUCGCAUAUCCUUGGAUCGGCAAAGGGCGGCGCUGAGCCUCCUCAGACGACCCGCAAGUCCGUGCUCGAAAAUGCUUCUGAAAGAGAGGACAGUAUGGUUGGGGACAUCCAGGCACACACCCCUGUACAGGUUGUCGGUUCUAUUGUUGCUCGAAAAGCACCGCCCAAGCAGACCACUCAGUCGAGCCGGUCCACAGAAUGCAAACGCGAAGAAAAUACAGUUCAAAGGCUCGAUCCUUUCGUAGGGUCAAUCGACCUGAUUUCACACAUUGAGAUACGCGCAGACUCUAUUUCACCUCUCAACAGUUUUCCAUCGGAGACAAUAGCGGCUUACGAUACAGUGUUCCCACCCGAGAUGCGCCAUCUGCAAUUCAGGACUGACCACGAACUCCGCCGCCGAAUACGGUUACGGUCAAGAGUAGCUGCAAAUAUACGUCAACGCAUGCUGGGCCUGGGUUUUGAUGAGAUUGAAACGCCAUUGCUGUUCAAAUCAACACCCGAGGGAGCUCGAGAAUUUAUAGUACCCACUAGGCGGAAGGGAAUGGCUUACGCGCUCCCACAAAGCCCUCAGCAAUACAAACAGGUGCUUAUGGCUUCGGGCAUAUCGCGGUACUUCCAAUUUGCUCGAUGUUUCCGCGAUGAGGACCUGAGAGCGGACAGGCAACCUGAAUUCACUCAGCUCGAUCUGGAGAUGUCAUUCGCUGGUGCGCCGCAAGUCAUGCGAACCGUGGAAGACAUUAUCCUGAAUGCUGUUUGGCCAAGCGUCCCGGGCAUUGCCGCGAUACGGAAGGCCGAUACGAUUAAGGACGAUGCGGAAUCAGCGAGCGGCCCUGAUUCGGAUGGGCUGACCUUUCCCCGAGUCUCGUAUCAUGAAGUUAUGGCUCGUUAUGGCUCAGACAAGCCCGAUACUAGGCUUGGCUCAGAAAUCUCUCGCAUCGAUGAUUGGCUGCCAUCCAACAUGAAGGGAAUGCUUACUUCGCUCGAGGAUCCGAUUGUCGAGAUGAUCAAAAUUGACAUGCACGGCUGCAGCCCCUCUGAGAGCGGCCAGUUCAUCAGAUCCUUCCUGGAUGCACCAUCCUCCUCCGGUUAUGCCAAUAAUCCCGAUGGGAUACCUGGGGUGUCUGUUUACGACCCAAGUAAACCAUUGUGUGGGCUUUCCAGUUUUGGCUACGAGGGCGCGUCCAAACUUGAAGAGGACUUUGAGCCCGAACCUGGAGACAUUUUCAUCGUGCAGUCACGCGUAAAGGCGCCUUUCACAGGAGGCUCGACGGUAUUGGGCAAUCUACGUCGAGAUAUCCAUCAGAGCGCAGUCUCUCAGGGGUUAAUUCCUGCUCCGGUUGGCUUUUCGGCUCUCUGGGUUAUUGACUUCCCAUUGUUCUCGCCCACGGACCAAUCCGAGCCAGGUCAGGGUGGCAUGGCCGGGAUAUGUUCUACUCACCACCCAUUUACGGCUCCUAAGCCCGGGCAAGACCUGUCAAAGUUGUUCUCCGAUCCCUUGGCUAUUAUUGGCGAUCACUACGACCUAGUAAUCAACGGUGUCGAGGUCGGUGGCGGUUCUCGUCGUAUCCAUCUUGCUGAGAUGCAAGAACUUGUUUUCCGAGAAAUUUUGAGGAUGAAGCCAGAGCGCGUGGAAGACUUCAGACAUCUACUCAACGCUUUAAAGAGUGGAUGUCCACCACAUGCCGGCUUUGCCUUGGGCUUUGACCGAUUGAUGGCCAUGCUGACAGACACACCCAGUGUGCGGGACGUCAUUGCGUUUCCAAAGCACACAGACGGGCAAGACCGGUUUGUGGGCUCGCCAUCGGAGCUCACAGAAGAACAGUUGGCAACCUAUCACCUUGCCAUAGUAGACAGAGAUCUUGACGAGCCACGUCCGCAGAUCUCACUAAAAGCAUAG